UUUCCAAUUUAGUCCCCAACUCAACUUUAUAAGAAACCAGCUGAAGAAGAGUGAGUGAGUUGGAGAGGCAACAAAAACAGGUUACCUAUUUGUUAUUGUGUAUGUCCCAUCAUUUAUGAAAAAAUUUAGUCUUAGUGACGACUUUAGUCCAAUUUAAGACAUUAAAUUUACUGUUCAACCAUCUUACCUGGUAAUCAACUGUCAACCAUUGGAAUACCCUUGGACAACAAUAAUUUUAAAGUCAUGUCCAGUGAGGUGGCAACAGAAGUACCAUUUACAAGGCGAAGUAGACGAACUAAACUUGGUCAAUAUUGGGCUACGAUGGGCUUCAUAUUUCAAAUAAUUCGUGAUAUUGAUCCAAAAUUGAAAUAUUUGAUCGAUACUUUCACCCUUCUCGGUUUCAUCUGGACAACAAAAACCUUAUUUUCCCUUGUUGGAUCAACACUUAGCGGUUUAAGAAUUUUCUUGUGGUCAAGAUUAUGGCGACUCAACCUGAAGAAAAAAUACGGCGAGUGGGUUGUUAUCACCGGUGCAACUGAUGGAAUUGGUUUGGAAUAUGCUAGAGAAUUUGCUUCACGAGGACAUUCCUUAAUACUCAUCGGGCGAAAUGAGACGAAGUUAGAUAAUGUUAAACGUCAACUAUCAAGUUUGGUUUCAUCAAACAAAAUUGUUACUGUGCAAGCUGAUUUCAAUGAGUCAACACCCGAGUUAUUCAAACGAAUCAGUACAGAGCUGGAACCUUAUCAGUCAGAGAUUGGAAUAUUGGUCAAUAAUGCUGGAGUCAUGUUUGAAUCACCUAAUCGAUUCAUGGACCAACCAGAAGACAUGGUUUGGCAACAUGUUAAGGUUAAUAUUACUGGAGUUUUAAUGAUGACUCGAGUUGUUCUUCCUGGUAUGAUUAACCGUCGUCGGGGUCUCGUCAUCAACAUGUCUAGUAUUGCAGGCUUCAAACCAUUACCUUUGAUGGGAGUUUAUUCCGCUAGUAAGAAAUUCGUUGAAUGGUUCAGUAAUACAUUGGAUUACGAAUACUGCAAGAGCCACAAUAUCGAUGUCCAAACUUUAGUUCCUUCCUAUGUCUCUACAAAAAUGACCAAAUGGAGUAACUUCCUUCAAAAACCCAAUAUAACUACACCUGAUGCUAGAAGCUUUGCUCGAUCAGCAAUCGCUACUAUUGGCCGAACAAAGUUUACCACUGGUUAUUGGUCUCAUGGUAUCCAAUGGUUUGCCUUUGAAUGGUUGUGUCCAUCUUGGAUGUAUUCAUUUAUGAGUUGGAAUUAUUUAAGAAACAUUGAUUCAAGUGGUCGUCGGGCUAAAGAUACUUAAGAAAAGACAAAUUCAAAUAGAUUUGGUAAAGAUGAUUCCAAAUCAUUUAAAACGAAUCCGUCUUUUUAUACAUUUUGCUUGUUCAUCAUAAAAUGAUUAUUUUAUCCGAUUUUUGUUUAAUUUUUGUAACUGAACAUAAUGCAAUUCUUUAGCACUAAAUUGUAAUAAAAAAAUGUUUUAAAAUUAA